AUGACUGCUGCAUCCACUUCCAAUGCACAAACCUUUGGUUUGGGUCCAACUUCGUUCAGCACUGCUGCAUUAAGAGAGGUUUCUAGAAGAGAGUUGAUUCAAGUCUUGGAUUCCGUUCGAGGAAAAAAGGCUCUUGUUAUAGAUCCAAGCGUUAGUGGACCAUUGAGCUUGGUUGCAGAGUUUGCAGUUCUCAAGGAGCAUGGUGUUGAAAAGAUAUUUCAUCUAGCAUCAGCUCCACUAGAAACAGACUGCAAAAGUCUGGUUUACAUUACUCGUCCUAACCCAACUCAUAUGAAAUGGAUUGCUGAUCAGUACAAGUGGUGUGCUUCUCAGCGCUCUUCCACACCAGAUAAUCAACCCGACAUUACCGUAUACUUUGUACCACGUCGUACAUUGAUAUGCGAUCAGAUUCUAGAAGAACAAGGCAUAUUUGGUGAUAUUGCAAUCGGCGACUACCAUCUUGACAUUGUACCAUUAGAGGAAGAUUUACUUUCUUUAGAACUGGACUCGUUUAAACCAUUUUAUGUGGACGGAGAUCCUACUUUAAUCCACUCGGUAGCACAUGCUAUCAUGAAAUUCCAAAUUCUUUAUGGCUCCAUUCCUCGAAUUCUUGGAAAGGGUAAUGGUGCAAAAGUGUUGACCGAACUGUUGAUUCGAAUGCGUCGUGAUUACUCUAUUGCAGACGCACCUUUGAACUCUUCUCAAGCAAGUGAUUCAGAAUUUGACUCCAUUAUUAUUCUUGAUCGUACGGUUGAUCUUGUCAGCCCUUUACGUGUUCAAUUGACAUACGAAGGUCUUAUCGACGAGUUAUUUUCCAUCAAAACAACUUUUGUAGAAAUUUCGGCUCCUGUAUCUCAAGUCUCUCCUGCAGCUAUUAUUCCACCAACGUACUCCAAGUCAAAAAAACUUGUUCUUAAUAAUCAGGAUCAUGUGUUUUCUGAGAUCCGAAACCUUGGAUUUGAAGUUGUUGGAAGUAUGCUAAGCCAUGUCGCACUUCGGAUUCAAGAGGAAGAAGAUGAGCGACACAAAUUGAAAACUACAACUCAGCUCAAGGAUUUUGCCUCAAAAAUAGGAAGUUUGCAACAACAGCGUCAAUCACUUGGACUUCAUAACGGUAUCUAUGAUGAUAUUUUGCGAUAUGCCGGCAACCCAGACACUGUAAAACGGUGGGCAGCAGAAGAAGUUUUCACUCACGGUAAAUCGUCCUCCUCUGACCUUGAAUAUAUUGAGGAGCUUAUUGGAAGACAAGCACCAAUUGAGACUGUACUUCGACUAUUGUGCUUGUACUGUGUUGUGAAUGGCGGCCUUAAAACAAAGUAUUAUGACUCUUUUCGGCGACAUAUUGUUCAGACUUAUGGCUACAUGCAUAUCGUCACUUUACAACGUCUUAAGCAAGCUUCGUUGCUUUUCCCUCUUGUUUCAACUGGACCCAAAGCUCCAUAUCUACAACUGAUUAAACAGCUACAACUCACAUGCGACUAUGAUUCUGAUCAAGUUGCAGACAUUUCAUAUGUUUACCAUGGCUACGCUCCUAUUUCUAUUAGGCUGAUCCAGAUGGCAUGUCGGAUUCUAAACAAUACAAGUGAUACAAUUUCUUCGGCUCCGUCUUGGAAAGGAUGUGAGGAUGUUUUGAAAAUAAUCCCAGGUCCAUCCAUUGAGGAAACAAUCACUGCAAGCGAUCGCAGUUUUCGAAAAAAAGUGCAACAGAUUUCACCAUUGACUCUUGUUGUUUUUCUUGGCGGAUGCACCAUGGCAGAAGUUGCUGCGCUAAGAUUCAUUAGCGGAGGAGACUCGUCACAACGGGGAUUCAUUAUCCUAACGACAGGAAUCACAACAGGCUCACGCCUCUUGAAUUCGAUGGUCAGCAAGCCCAAUGCCACUGGUUCGUGUGCUCCCGUGUUCAGCACCUUGAAGAACACUACAGAUUGA